UCAAAGAGAAGGAUAUACAUCGGGGUGGUCGGUCGGUCUUCCCGGCCAAACGGCGACGACCCUCGCUCGUCGUCGUUCAUUCGCGCGCGUGGAUUCGAGAGUUCUCUCGCCGAAAGCAAAAAUUAAUACCGUCCCGGCCGGUCAUUUCGUCGAUCCGUGCGAACAUCGGGAUACUUUGCGGCGCGAUCGAAUCGAAUUUCGAGCGGUGGUUUUAACGCCGAAACAAUAUUUCACUCCGUGGAAUCUACAUCGCUAAGUUCGUGCCGAAGGGAUUCGCAUCGCUGUCUUUUGGAUCCUCGAUUAUUCGCCGGCGACGACAGGAACGAGCAUGAAAGUCAGUUGAUUUUACCCUCGAAAGUUUUAAGAUGGAUACGUCGUCGGUCAGAAUCACCAUUAUGAUGUCGCAAAAGAGGAGCCGGAAAGCCGGAAAUGAAGUCGACAAAUUCACUUAAACUGGAUUUUUCUCUCGCCUGGGAAGAAACCCCGAACGAAAAGGAGGAAAAAAAUAAAGCACACGCGAGGAAGAGGAAUGGGCCCUUGGGCCUUCGUACCUCUCAUCCUCGUGUCAACUCUAGGUCUUCUCCUGAAUGGCUACGUUCUCCUUGUCGUUCUCGGUCUUGGUAAACAGACGCAGCAGCAGCAAACGGCCAACACUUUACUGCUGAUCCAUUUGGGCGCCGUGGAAGCGGCGGUGUGCCUGAUACUGCUGAUCUUCGCAACCGGCUUGUGGCCGGAAGCCGGUCCGUGGUGCGUUAUUCACGGAUUCCUACUGGCGUUGUUACAUCCGGUCGCCCUUUGGACCGUCACCGGAUUAAACUGCGACAGGUAUUACGCGAUCGCUGCACCGCUGCACUACGCUGCCUUGGUCUCUCCGCGUCGGGUGGUCGUCGGGCUGGCUGCCUCUUGGACGGGCGCUCUACUCCUGUGCUUGCCGCCGUUUUCGGGUCUGGUGCCACCUUAUAGGUAUAACUCAGAGUUGGGUUGCUGCGCCCCGGAUUUCGGGAAUUCGGAUUUCAGCACCUGGAAAUUCGCCGCGGCGCUCUACGGCGCCGCUUACGCCAUCCUGGGCCUGGGACUGCCGGCCGUCCUCGUGACGGUCUGCAAUUUACGCGUGUUGGGUAUAGCGCGGUACCAUCGGCACCGUAUCGCCAGCGCGAUCUACGAGGUCACUCUGAGUGCCCAAGUGACCAUCACCCAUCAGCGAAAUCCAUUUUUCGUGCCAACCGUCACCGCACCCUCCGCCGGCGGACCGCCGCGUUUUCACAGCGCCGCCAGCACGGUGAUGCAACUGAUUGGCUCUCUGUACCUGCUCUAUUUUCCGUAUUGCGGAUUUAUCCUCUGGGAAGCUUGCGGCGUCGACAAUCAGCAGCGUCAUGCAAACUCUAAGCUCGCCUCUUUAGCGUCACUCCUCCUCGCGUGCUCGCCACCUAUCAACGGCCUUCUCUACGGCCUGAAAUCGCAGACCCUGCGACGAUCCGUGCAAAACUACUGGCGGAAAAAGGCAACUAAGUCGGAAUUGCAGCAGGAGAUACAGGCGAGAACACCGAGCGUCGCGGGCUCCAGGAGACCUUCCGGCAGUGGGAACACUUCCUUUUUUCCAUUCCCGCCUCUACAGCGAAGGCUCAGCGAGGCGUUAUUGGCUCUCGGCUCGUGUAGAACUGGUGGAAGUUUUGAAAGCAAUAACCUGGGGUUUCAGCGCGGCAGAUUGCAGCCCGCUGUCUCGUGUAAUACUCUCAGGGUGCCGACCGCUGAAUCAGGUGAGCCGAGCAAAUUGGUGAGGGCGAGCGCGAGUGCCAGUAGUCUGAUGGGUCCCCAUUAUCGGAGCGACUUUAUCGGGGCGGAUUUGGGCGUGGGAUGCUCCAUAGCUAUGUGCGAGACCCCGAAGAGGAGCCCGAGGAUCCUCAUAACGCGCGCGUACAGCGAGGAGAGCCAAGACGGAGGCAGCCCCCUUCUGAGAAAACCCCUCAAUUCCAAUACUAAUCCACCACCGUGCGAAAAACGUCGAUGGCGACACUGCAGCACCGGAAGUGAGAGCAGUACGGGAAGCAGCGAUGCGAGCGUAUGGACUACCGGCGUGGUCCCGAAGUACGGCAAGGGCAAUGCGAAGAACUCGGAUGGCUGGUCGUCACGUACGCGAUACGUACGCGGAAAAAAUUUAGAAGAAGGCGCACUAUCAACUACGAUAAGGCCGAACAACAACAGCGAGAGCAGCGAUACCACGGACACAACUACAGCCACGACAACCACUACCACGCUACUUAAAUCUCUCGCCAUGGAGACUGGCGAAGAGAAUGAAAAGGAGAAGGAAAGAAUGAACGGUAAUAUGAAGAAAAGAGAGUUCAGCGAAAGCGAGAGCAGUUGGAGCAGCGUCGAAGAGAUCGAAAUCAAGGCAGAGAAGAACGAUGAAGACGACAAUCCUGAGAGGUCGAAGGAGGAGAAUCCGCAGACGAAACCUCCGCGACGAAAAUCGAAAAGCAGUAACUGCGAUCCAGAAAUUUCCGAGGAUCGCGAGGAAGCUGCGCAACUGAGGCCACUUCUAACUCCCUCCUCUUAAACCUCCCUUCUCUGUCUGUGUAAAAAUGUAUUUUCUUUUUGGAUAAUUCGUUUGUAUGUGUGUGUGUGUGCGCGCGUUGUAUAUGUGUAUGCAUGUGUCGUGGACGAAAUAAAAUUUCACCGCGUGCAGUACUUAAAAGUAACACUGAUACACAUGGGAGGUUUCAGGAGAAAUAAGUGAGCAUACACAAUCAUGAUGCGCUUAUUUUGUGAAUUUACGGAAAUAAAUUUAAAAAUUAGCUGGAGAAUUACGAGAGAAAGAGAGAGAUAUACUUUGAUAACUUGCAUUUAACAAUAUUCGUGUUUGCGACACGAGAGCGAAGAGAAGGUAUUCGACAUGUAAUUUGUCAAAAAUGUACGUUUUGUAGGCUGAUCUCAACCAUCUCUGACAUGUCCUAACGUAUUGUAAAAAGUUUGAAGAAAAUAUGAAUUUUUUUUUAAGAUCUUUUCAGAUCUUUUACGCUCGACGUUGAUAUAUCGACAUAUCGUGAAGUUAUAUUUUUGUACUUUCACUCUGCAACACUACGUGAUGCAACAAUAACGUGAGACCAUCCUUUGCAACAAAAAACUGAAGAACUAAUUAAUGCACCGUCGACAAACUCGAUUUCGAGAAAUUUGUUCGUUCGUCCCGAAGAAUUAAUCAAUGAACGUUUCCGAUCAAAUACCGAUGAAAGUUUACGUCAGCGAUGAAUUCGUGAAAACUCGUUAUCUACGAAAGUUCCGAUCCAAUUUAUCUUUAAUUUUCCGAAGCAAGUCAUAGAAACUGAUAGAAAAGCGGAGAACAACGGACAGAAGUCGGACACCCGAGAAAGUUCUUUUGAUGGAAAGUGGUAAUGACGUUGGAAUCAAAGACGCGAACGAGGAGUGCUCGAACGUUAAGUUCAUCGGGCGCCGAGUUACACUAUUUAAGGAAGAAAAAGAUAAAUCUCACGUUUAUGUCUUUCGUAAAUGUCAAAUUUCGCUCGAUAGUUACAAUUGCAUCCAUCGUGAAUUCCACGUUUUUUUUUCAUCUACGCGAUUGUUAUUAGCAAUGUAGAUGAAGCUACAGCCGAUAGCGUAAGUAGCCUUUGGAAUUGAUGCUACAAAAAAUUGCUUAUAUAAUAUAUAUGUGCAUAUGUAACAGAUAAUGAAUAUAUGUUGCAUAUGUAACAAAUCAGUGUAUCUUCGAUGUUCUCUUUGAACGUUGGACGAUACGAUGUUAUAAAAACAUUUACGUUUCGAUGAGAGAUUGUUAGAAGCGUGCAAGAAUCGGUCCGUAUUCGCAUAUUUUGUUUACGAUUGACUACAAACUAGUUCCUCUCAUUCCAAUCAUAUACAUUUAAUUUGUAUAUGAUUCCACCGAUAUAGAAUAUUUAAGGAUAUAAUAUAUAUGUAUAUUAUUAUUUAUUACAUAUAAGUUAUAAUGGCUGUAAUAAAGAAUUAAUAAAGAAUGCACGCUUAAUGCGGCGUGAAUACGGAUCACCUUCUGUAUCGGUGUCUACUUUAAUUUAUAUAAGAUCGUUGCAAAAUAUAUAUAUAUAUUGUUAUAGCAACACCUCAUUAACGUACAUACGAGACUCGUUUCUACGCGUAUGUCACGACGUCCAUGUAAUUUCGAAUUUGCUAGAAUUCGCUUAUCUACGGCCGAGCUGCCCACUGAUCUGAGAUUGUCAAAUAGAACCACGCGGCUCGGACAGUUGCCGUUUAUUGUUGUCAAAUAAAAUUUCAGGAACUUUGUCGGGUGUAAAUGUUAUAUUGAUGUUAACAUUACAAAAAAUUGCGACAUAAACGAUGUCUGGGUGUAUAAAAAGUUAGUGCAAAAUAAAAAGAACAACUGAAAACUA